AUGUUCCGAAUCCUCGAGUCGCAAGCUCCGGCCAAACAAACGGCUACGGACACAAUUGACGUAUUAAGCAGUAGACUACAAAGUGCUACAUUGCUGGAAGAUCGACGGGCUGCAAUUCAGGGACUCAGAAGCUUUGCAAAGCUUUAUCCUGCUUCGGUAGCCUCUGGUGGUCUGCGAUCCUUGAUCAGCAGUCUACGCAAUGAUAGCGAGGAUGUUGACACCAUCAAGGUGGUCCUUGAGACCCUUUUGAUGCUAUUUACGCCUGAUGAAUCCAGUCCUGAAGCGUCGGAUGAAAUCGCCCUGUGGCUGGCAGAUGAAUUCACCCAGCGACAAGAUAAUAUUACUACCCUACUCGACCUUCUCGAAGCCCGAGAGUUUUACUCCCGUCUAUAUUCCCUCCAAUUGAUGUCACACAUUUGCAGCGCACGACCUGAACGAACACAAGAAUGCAUUUUUACAGCGCCAUUGGGUAUUUCUAAGCUCGUCAGCACGCUUACAGAUGCGAGGGAACCGGUCCGCAACGAGGCAUUAGUCCUGCUUAUCGCCCUGACCCCCGCAUCAGAGGAGCUGCAGAAGCUUGUGGCUUUCGAGAAUGCGUUCGAGAUACUCUUCUCUCUUAUCGAAGCAGAGGGUGCAUUGAGUCUUGGAACCGAGGUCGUCGAAGAUUGCCUUUCCUUGCUCGCUCAACUGCUGAGAUUCAAUGUCUCAAAUCAAUCGUUUUUCCGUGAGACAGGAUCUAUAAAAAGAGUGACAGCACUUCUUCAUGAAUGCCAACAGGAGCCAGAGGGCGACGAGCCCGUCCCCCAAUGGACCCAGCUCCACCGAGACAAGAACGUCUGGGGUCUACUGGCCAUCAUUCAGCUGUUUUUGAUCCGUGGUGGCAUGAGCACACCCAUUAACCAGACAGCAUUUUGGCAGAAUGGUGUCACAGAACAAGUACUCAGCAUAGCGUUUGGCCAAAGAUUCAGUGUGAAUGUCACUUCGAAGGCAUUGGGAACCUGUGCCGAUCUUAUUCGCGGUAACUCGCCAUUGCAGGAAAGAUUUGGUGACAUUGAAGUGCUAUGGGGCUCUUACUCACGUGGCGACCAGGCCGCUAAUGGCGAUGCACAUGAACCACUACGGAUCAACGUCAUCGAAGCUUUCCUAAAGCUUAGCCUUGAGCCUGCCCCCAACAGCCUUUUGGAUGCACGAUUAGCUGCUUGUGAAUGUAUGAAAGCAUUCUUUGCCCAUCAUCCUGGAAUCCGGAUCCAUGUUCUCAGACGUGCUAUCGAAGGACAUACCAGUGGCCAGGACAAGAUCCCGAAUAUCCUCUCUGUGUUGCUCACUGCGCCAGAAUUACGAGGAAAUGCUGAUCCAUACCAAGUUUGGAUGGCCUCUGUUUUGAUGUUCCACCUGAUCUUUGACGAUGGAGAGGCGAAGGCAUUGGCUAUGAGCGUUACCGAGGGCGAUGCUGAGAGCGGUGAGGAAGUAGUCACCAGUGUUCAGUCUGUGGUUGGGAAUCUAAUCACUGGUUUGCAACGCGGCGACGAUGAAAGAAUCACAGUUGGCUACCUGAUGCUGCUCUGUGGUUGGCUUUUCGAAGACCCAGAUGUCGUGAACGAUCUCCUUGGCGAGGGUAGCAGUAUCCAAACCCUGUUGCAGGAGAUCAAGCACCAGCGGGUUCCAAGUAAACUGAUACCUGGUCUUUGCACCGUCCUAUUGGGUGUCAUAUAUGAGUUCUCUACUAAGGACUCGCCCAUCCCUCGCAUUACGCUACACAAGUUGCUCAUUGAGCAACUCGGGAGAGAGCAGUACAUCGACAAGAUAACAAGGCUCCGAGAAUGUGAAUUGGUCCGUGACUUCGAAGUGCUGCCGCAGACCGCAGCAGGGCCACUUGAGGGUGGACUGCCCGAGGUAUUCUUUGACCGCUCUUUCAUUGAAUUCCUCAAGGACAACUUCAGCCGUUUGCUCCGGGCUAUCGACCGUGAACCUGGAUUCGAGAUCUCUGUCGUUGCCAAUGGUGUCGAGAAGGGUGUCUCGCGUGAGCUUGUUGACUCCUUGCGCGCAGAACUUGAAGAUCGAACUCAAACUCUCCAAAAGCUGGAGUCCGAUCUUGUCAGCAUCCAACGCAAGCUUGACCAAGAACAUCAGGAUCACCGAAAGACCAAAGAAUCCGGCACUAUUGAGUUGACGAGAGCUCAACAGGCCCAGCAAUCUCUGCAAUACAGUCAUGCACAAGAGCUGUCACACCAGUUGUCAAAGCUGGAAGAGCAACACAAGCAUGCCCACAAUGAGUUAUUGAGGAAACACGGUGACCAGCUCCGUGCCAUUGACCAUCAACUCAAGGAGGUCUCUGCUGAAUCCGAAAGAAAGAGUCACCAGGCUAAAGAAGUUAGAGAUCACCAUGAGCGUGAAGUUGCUGGUCUGCAGAAAACCAUCCGUGGCUUGGAGCAAGAGAUCUCUCGCAUUGAAGAGCACAAUAUGGUAGAGGUCGCCGAUUUCAACAAGAGAGUCCAAGAGUUGGAAAAUGUCAUCACCCAAUCCAGGGAAUCACACAAGGCACAGGUUACCGACCUUGAAAAGAAGAUUCAAGUCUUGGAAAACACCAACAGAUCUCAUGAUGGACACGUUGCGGAACUAAACAAUAAGAUCCAAGAGUUGCAGACGACGAUCACACAGUCCUGGGAAACUCACGGUGGUGAGGUGACUGGACUCGAAAAGCAGAUUGAAACCCUACAAAUCUCGAAGAAGAGUCACAAUAAACACGUGACUGAUCUGGAGACAAAGAUCCAAGACCUCGAAAGCAACAAGAAGUCCUCUGAAAGCCAACUUGCUUAUCUUCAGAAGCAAAUUGAGGAUCUAGAGAGUACGAAGAAGUCUCAUGGUGGUCAAGUUGACGGUCUUGAGAAGAAGAUCCAAGAUCUGGAGCGUACUAAAAAAUCUCACGAUGGUCAGGUUACCAAUUUCGAGAAGAAGAUCCAAGAUCUGGAAAGCGCCAAGAAGUCUCACGGCAAAGAAGUUACUGAACUCAAGAACAAGAUCCAGCACCUCGAGAGCACCAAUAAAUCUUCUGAUGGAGAAGUCACCGGCCUUAACAAGAAGGUCCAGGAUCUUGAAAGCGCCAAGAAAUCUCAUGCCGGCCAAGUUGCUGAGCUCGAGAAGAAGAUACAAGGUCUGGAAGGCUCUAAAAAUUCUCACGACAAGGAAGUCACCGACCUGAAGAAGAAGCUUGAAGAGCUGCAAAGCACCAAGGGGAGCCAUGACGGUCAGGUCACCGAUCUCAAUAAGAAGAUCCAAGACCUAGAAAGCACCAAGACAUCACACGAGUCUCAAGUUGCCGACCUCGAAAAGAAGAUCCAGGGCUUGGAAAGCGCCAAGGGAACCCAGGGUGGACAGGUCACUGAUAUGGAGAAGAAGAUUCAGAGCCUGGAGUCCUCUUUGGCAGCAUCCAAGAAGGAACAUGAGAAGGAAGUCGAUGACUACAAGAAAAAGCUCGAAUCUUUGGAGUCGGAUCUUUCUGCGGCUAAGAAACAACACGAGAACUCAGCUACUGGUCACAGCGAUACAGUCGGAACUCUAGAAACGAACCUCGCUACAGCCAAGAAGGAGCAUGAAACUGAGCUCGCUGCUUUGAAGAAAACUGUCGCAUCUCUUGAGUCAGAUCUUGCAGAGUCCAAGAAUUUCAGUAAGGGCCUUCAGUCAGCCCAAGAAGACGCCUCAUCCAAAACUUCUGCGCUGGAAACUCGGGCUAAAGAGGCUGAAGACAAGGCCAAGGAGGCCGAGUCUCAGGCUCGCAGUGCUGCUGACGCUCUCAAGGCCAUCCAGGCUCAGCUUGAAAAGGCACGGGCGGAAGCGAAGGAGAAAGAGGACUCUCGUCAAACAGCCCAGUCUGAACUGGAAGAUCUUCUGAUUGUCUUUGGAGACCUAGAAGUUAAGAGAACCCAAGACAAGAAUCGACUCAAGGAGCUUGGAGAAGAAGUCUCAGAGGCUGAGGAUGACGACGAGGAUGAUGACGAGGAGGAUGAUGUGUGA